AUGGCGGACAUCCAGACAGAGCGUGCUUAUCAAAAUCAGCCUACAAUCUUUCAAAACAAGAAGCACGUUUUGCUGGGAGAAACCGGCAAGGAAAAACUCCCUCGGUACCACAAAAACAUCGGUCUAGGCUUCAAGACUACCAAGGAGGCCAGCGAGGGCACCUACAUAGACGAGAAAUGCCCCUUCCCUGGUAAUGUCUCCAUUCAAGGUCGGAUCCUGUCUGUUGUGAAGAAGAUGAAGAUACAGAGGACCAUUGCCAUCCACCGGGACUGUCUCCAUUACAUCCGAAAGUACAACCGCUUUGAGAAGCGUCCCAAGAACACAUCUGGGCACCUGUCCCCCUGUUUCAGGGUUGUCCAGAUCAACGACAUUGUCAGUGUUGGAGAGUGCAGGCCCCUGAGCAAGACUGUUCAAUUCAAUGUGCUCAAGGUCACCACGGCUGCUGGCACCAGGAAGCAGUUUCAAAAGUUCUAA